AUGCGCCAACGAAUCACUUUCAUCCAAGAGCCGAUCGAUUCUAUCGAUCCCAGCAAGCUAACAGUCACCUCCAACUCGAUAUCCACCUCGGAACUCACAGCAGCGAGAGAAGAGAGGGUCACAUUUGGAAUUGAUGGGCUGCCGCAUGAGAUGUACAAGGUUCUCAAAGGAAGCCAUGAGCUGCAUAUCAGAUGGGUUGAGGAGAAGGUGUUUGAGGCGAGGGUACCCUUUGUUGCGAGACUGAGUCCUGGAUUACAUGUUUUCUACACGCCAUUGACGAAUAAUGGAUCUUCAGACCGCUUCUCCCAUUCUGCAGCCAUGCAAUACUACUCUUCUCUUCCAACUCUCAUCGACUUUAUAUCCUACAUGUCACACAAGCUGUGUCCCUCCCGCUCUGCGAAGAACAAAGACCCCUCAUGUCUCUCUCGGGUACAGGCCCUCUCCACAGCAUCAUCCCUCGACCUAGACUUCGACACCAUCUCCCAAGCCGCAACGCUCUCCGCCUUCUUCGCACCGCAAACUCAGUCCCUCUCCCUUUCCAAGCCAGUGGCUCUCCCCUCCUCGCGAGUAGAAGUCGGGAUCCUCUCCGUCGAAAAAGCCCGCGAAACGGAAGAGCUCUCCCUAGGCGGAUUUCUCACCGUCCUAGGCGAAUCGACCAAGCCAUCUCCGACGCUUUUCUCCUUCCCUGCGCGCCAUCAUCCCCUCCCGCACUCUCAAACCUUCACGUCAAACUUCCUUGUGCCCACAGGACUACACCCCACGCUACAGCUCAACAUCACUUCCUCGAGCCCUCCAUUAGAUGACAGAGCUUGUUCCCUACACGCCCACCUCACGCUUCCAAAAACAUUUUUCAUCGACAGAUACCAGCUUUCAGACCCCUUAUUCCUCGCCUCCAAAAAUCUGUCUAAAGUCCACUACAUCACCAGCCCCGUCGACCUCGAAGCCCCCGCCUACACGCUCCCACAAUGGGGAUCCUCCGCCCUGCUCUCCCUCUCCCCUCCCCCAUCACCCCCAGCCUCCGAAUCAUGGACAUCCCAAAUCCCCCUGCACCUCCGCUAUCUCACCCCCUCGGCCAAGUCCUCGGGCCUCACCCCUACCAAAUUCCCCUCCCCCGUCCUCUUCUGGGCCUGCACCGCCGACGAGGGUACGAAAUUCCCCACCAACCCCUUCGACCGCGUGAACCUCGGCUAUGACGGCCUGUUCGGUCCCCGAACCCUGCUCUACCACCUCUCGCCCCGUGCGGCCGCAGCAGCAGCGGAUGGCAGACUCGUGAGUAGCUUGACCGUGCCGGUGCUGGACCUGGACAGGAGCGGCUACGUCGAGAGCGCGACUGCGGCUGGUGUCGCGCUCGGCUUUGCAUGGGUGUGUUGGUGCCUGGUGAGCGUGUGGAGGAGGAGCGGCCUUGGCUCUGGUAUUGCGAAGAAGAAGAAGCAGGAGGCGGGCAGGGAGGAGAAGAUGGAAUAA